AUGGACAGUGAUUCAAAUGAAAGUGAAGAGGAUCCAGAUUUGAGUGUUGAAAGGACUGAGCAACAAGAUGACGAAGAGGAUCCAGAUUUGAGUGUUGAAAGGACUGAGCAACAAGAUGACGAAGAGGAUCCAGAAUUUGAAAGGGCUGAUCAGCAAGAUGACGAAGAGGUUCAAGAAUUAGAUUUGAGUUUUGAAAGUGGUGAUCAGCAAGAUGACGAAGAGGAACCAGAAGUAGAUUUCAAGGGAUAUAUAUUACCAACCAAGAAGGAACUCGAACAAGAAUUGCGUCUUUCCGUAGAAGAUUUAAUCCCGAAGCUGCAGAAAAGAACGGAUGAGAUUGCUUCUAUAUUGAACAAUUCAGAGCUGUACACGUUUGAUAACAAAAGUCUACGUCAAGAUUUUGUUGAUCAGUACGUAGCGGACACUUGCUUUCGCAAGAAGACCCCCCAAGAUCAAAUUGAUGACGUGGUUGCUGAUUUUAUGGACAAAGAUGUCAAGGCAAGCACAUAUUGUGGUGUGAUGGCAUUUACUGGUGAUGGAACUUUCUACAUUGCUUUGCUUAUGAAAAACAUCGGUACCAUUAUUGAAAGUGUGAAGGAUGAGUUAUCUAGUAGAGCAUUUGUUAAGAAGCUAAAGCGGAUGAGGGUGAAGAACACUUACAGUUGA